AUGGCGUGUUACUAUAUUGUCAUCAGCUCCACACACCUUAGCAAUGGCCAUUUCAGAAAUAUCAAGGGAGUUUUUCGGGGACCUCUCUGCAAGAAUGGAAACAAGACACUGGACUACGCUGAAAAAGAAAAAGCAAUAACAAAGGCCUUGGAGGAUCUGAAGGCCAACUUCUACUGUGAAUUGUGUGACAAACAAUAUUACAAACAUCAAGAGUUUGAUAACCAUAUAAAUUCCUAUGAUCAUGCUCACAAGCAGAGACUUAAAGAAUUGAAGCAGAGGGAGUUUGCCCGGAAUGUGGCCUCCAAGUCAAGAAAAGAUGAAAAGAAACAGGAGAAGGCUCUCAAACGUUUACAUGAGCUAGCUGAACUCAGAAAGCAAAUUGUGUGUGCCCCAGGGAGUGGUCCAAUGUUCAAGUCCACAACUGUUGCUGUUAAAAAUGCUUCAGGGACAAAUCAGCAACUUGGCAGCCUGAAUGGUGGAAGAGCAGACAGUAAAUCAGCAGAUCCAGAAACUGGCUUGGCAAACAGCACAGAAGAUAUUAAUAGAGAAGAGAAUAAACUUUCUGUAAGCAAUACAUCUGACAUCUGUAAGGCUGAACAUUGUUUACUGGGAAAACAAACCUGUGGUCAAAAAAUAGGAUUCUCCUUUUCCUUUCCCAAGAAAACUCCUGUCAAAUUGGAAUCAUCGGCAGCAGUUUUCUGUGACAGCACUGAAGAAGGAUCAAACAAAAUGAAUACAAGCCUCAAACGCAAAAUCAAUUGGAAUACUUACAGUACGCAAACAAAUUCCAGCAUAGAAACAGUUGCAGACUUUGAAGUAAAGCCAGAAAGCAGUAAGCACGAACUGGGAAGCAAUUUCUGCACCAAUGCAACAUCAUUGACUAAAGAAGGGGUGCAGGAUUUGAUAAUGAAGGAACACAACAGUACAGCAGAAAGCUGUUUAACUUGCUGUGUGUCUCAAGUUCAAUGUAAGAAUAAGCCAAAGUUUCCCUUCUGCGCUUCUCUGCCAGUCGAUAAACAAGAUACACUCUAUAAGGUUGUAACUAAGGACGAAAAAACUUCAGAAAAUGACACUUCAGUAUGUUUUAAUCCUGAUGAGAACAGACAUGGAGUUGGUACGUUAUGUAAUGAAGUAUUAAGUUCACCAGUGGAAGAUGAAACAUCUAAAUCAGCUAAAGAGUUAACACAAAAUGGUGAUAUCACUGAAAAAUUCCUUCGUGGUUUGACUGAGAAUUGUUGCUCUCUACAUUUAGAGACAGAAAGUGCCGACACACAAAACAAUCCUUGUGUAUGCAGAAGACCAGAUGUACCUUUCUUUCCUGUUGUCAGCAAGGAUGAGUCAACUGUCCUUCAGUGGCCUUCAGAGAUGUUGAAUUUUACUAACACUGAGCCUUCCAUAUCUUUUUGCUGCAACCCUCUAUAUUUUGACUUUAAGUCAUCCCGAACUAAAAGCUAUGUGGAGGAGAGUAAAUCCAAAGCAAAUUAUUUAAAGACAUCCCAAACCUCAUCAAAAGAAUUAAGCAGACCUGCCAAAAGGAAUUUUUUAAGUGGAUUUUCUGAAAUGAAACCAGUUGGCUCUAGCCUCAAUGUACAAGGUGCUGUCAAUGAUUUUGAAAAGACACUGGAUAUUUGUGAUGAACAAGUGGUUGGAUUAAACAUCUACUACAAUGGAACUGACGAGGAGGAACCAGUUAAAGAAAUUACACCCUAUUGCAAACGUAAAAGAUGGAAAAAGCACAAGAAGUCUUACAGGUGUUUAAAGCGGAAGCAACGGGAAAAAGAAACUGAAAAAGAAAGUUAUAACAACAGAAAAGAGAGAGAGCAUAACUGCAUCACUAAAAAAGUGAAAAGGAGAAAAUUGUCAGUGGUGUCAAAAAAGGAGGCAAGUGAGAGGGCUGAUGAGCUAUUUAAACAGGAGAAUACUACAGACAUGGUGGAAUGCAAACACAGACAAGAACAACAACAAAAAGAAUAUUCAGAAGGACACCUGGAACAAUUUGAAAUAAAAUGUGAUCAACAUAAUGCAGUCUCAGAAAAACUGAGUAAAACUCAGAGAAUAAUUGAUUACAAUAAUGUAAAAAGAGACACUUGGCAAAGUAAAUGUCAUAACAGAAUAUGCAAUACGAAUAAAGAAUUGAGAGAGAAAAGAGAGGGUAGUGAGGGAUAUGGAGAAGAUGGUGAUUUUCUUACAGGCAGUGAAAGAAUUGAUUGCAAACAACACAAGCUAUGUUUGUUGUCUGGGGAUUCUUUAAGAGACUGCCAUUCAUCAUGUACCACAUGGUCUUGUACAAGUAAGCAAAGAAUAAGAAGCAAUGGCUACAAUUCUUUUUCAGACAUUGAGUAUUCAGAUCAACAAAGUGAAGAAAGACAUUCUUGCCAGAAUCUUUCAGUGAAGAGAAGGUAUGACUCUCUGAAUGGCAAGCCUGUCAUUGUCGAUCACAAACGCAGCAGACAUAGACUUCCUUCAUCUCCAGAUGAAGAUCACAAACAAAUCCCAAAUUCAUCAGGCAACCACUUGAGCCAAGUGGGUAGUUCUAACUCGGAUUGUAGAUAUGGUCAGAGAGAACAAUCUCACCGACGAAAGAAGCAACGUAAAGCCAGGCAUAAUGUAAAGAGCAAAAUAUCAGUAAGAGAAAAGAGUAAAAGUUUGUCAGCUGAUGAGUUGCAGCCUUGCGAUUCAUCAUGUCAAGAGAAUCUCUGUGAAAAUUCUGCACCAAAUACUCCAAGGCAAGAUACAAAUAUGAUAAAUAUCUCUCACCCUGCUAUACAGAAGGCAGAGGAAAGCUGCAGUUCAGUAUUCAAGCUGUCAACAGGAACACUUGCGGAGGAUUACCAUUCAAAGAUAAACAACCAUUUUACAGAUGCAGAAGCAUCUAAAAUGACACAUGACAGACAUGAAUUUGAUGAGCACACAAAAAACAGUUUUUCAGAAAUGUGGAUUAAUCACAAAGAUCCUUCAGAGAAUAUUUUGCUUCCCAGGCUUUCAUUUGUCCUAAAUGAUGGCACUAUGUUGGCACAGAGUGAAAAGGUACCGACUAUGAAGACUCUAUCACAGAGAGAUGUAAUUCAUCAGAAACAGACAGAUUUAUAUGACGAUAACAAAGAUAUCAAGCCAUCUCUAAAUGAGGUAUUUCUCUGUCAUUAUGAAACUGCACCUGAGACACACGCAAAAGGAGCAUCAUGGCUUCAAGAUAAAUCAAAUAUUCCACCCUGCAACACCCAGCAAGCUCUGCAGAAUGGAGCACCAGUGACAAUUGACAAUCAAAAUGAAAGUACUGAACAAACGCACAAAACUUUCUCUCCACUCUCUCAAACAAUAUCAUUCACACCAGAGGAAAUUGAGAAAUACAAGCAACUGCAGAUUCAAGCUCAACAGCACGUAGAACAGCAGAAGCUAGUCAGCAAAGUGAAGACAUCUUCACCCAUUGCAGCAAUUCCCAUGCAGCAACCAGUCCCUCGUCAACAAUCGGUGACGACUGCAUCAAUUACAACAAUUCAUCACACUGUGCUCCAACAUCACGCUGCCAAUGCAGCUGCAGUGUCUGCAGGAGUAUUCAUGCAACCACACUCACAGUCUGUUCCACAUGCCCAUCCUCUCCCUCCACACUUAGCACAUAUUUCAUUAACCCCCGGACUUUAUCAAGGAGGUCACCCGACUUUUCUAGCAGCUCCACAACUACACAUUAUUCCUGCUUGUGCUCUUCUCCCAGGCCAUUUUGCCCUCCAUCCCUUGCCAGCUACUACAUUGUUCCCCCCAUUACUAACGCUGCACACACCGACUAUUCCACUCCACCAUUUACUUCAUUCCAAUUUUACCACCUAA